CCUCUUUCAGCGAGGUUUUGAGCUCUCCGUUGCAAGGAGGGAAGGAAGUGGCGACUGGCUGAAAACGGUGAAACAUCUUUCGUAAACCAGGGGCAGAUAACUCCACCAUGCACUGAUCAACUAGGCCAUCUGCUUUUCACGUUUUCACCUGCUGUUUGGGUCCUCAAACAAAAUGGCGGAUAACAUGAACAAGGAGUUAUUCCUUGACAUCCUCACUAAAGAGGAAAAAGAGGCUCUUCUCACAAAGAAAAUGGAGGAAAUUCGCAAAAAGAAUGAUGCUCUCCGCAAGAGACAUGAGGAAAUAGAAGCGGAUAAAAGAGUUGCCGCCAAAAACAACCCCAAUAAAGAUGUCAACUCCUAUACCAGGGAAGCUUCAAGCUCUGGGUCAUCGUCCCCGCAGAAGGAAUCUAAGUCUCUACCUGGGGAAGACAGACGUGGACCCCGCCCCAAGUCAGGAGGGAGGGGCAAGCCUCAGGUAGGCGGGAAGAGCAAGGAAAAGAAGCCACAGGGUCCACCUCCAGACCCCUCCUACAACUUCCUUGCUGACCGACGCAGAGAAGGGCCUGCCAAGGAAUCUAACGGAGAAACUCCAGUGGAAAAAGUCCGCAAACCUGACACAAGACGACACCCCAAAAAUUAUGGGGGUCAAGACUUUAAUAAUGUCAAAACACAAAUGAGAACAACCAAAGAACGCCAGGAACGUCCUAAGUCAGGACCCCCACGCACCAAGAUGGAGCUUGCAAUGGCGAUGACAGGGAAAGAGCGGAAGCAGUAUCUGGAGUGGAAAGCAGAACGCGACCGUGUGGACCAGGAGAGAAUGGACCGCCAGAAAUCGACAUCAGGAGAGUGGCGGCGUGCGUGGGAUGCUGAUAAGAAUCAGCAAGAUUUCGAACAAUCUUCAAGUCCACAGAGAACAGAGCCAGCCAAACGACCAGCAGGUGUCAAGCAGGAACAAGAUGUGCAAACUAAGCCAGUGGGUAGAGGUCGUGCUCGCGGCCGCGGUCGUGGUCGAGGUCGUGGUGACCGCUCACCUCGUCAGAGAACAUUCUCCAGUGGAGAUGAAUCCCGGAAGGUGGAGAGACAGAAGGACCUUCUGGUGGUGAAGAUUGACAACUCUGGGAAAGAGACAAACCAGUCAGUGGAAGUGGAGUACUGGGAUGAUGACAUGAUGGAUGUUAAGUCCAACUCUGCUGCUUCAGUCAAGUCAGGAACCAGUUCACGUGACGGCCAUUCCAAUCAUGCUCGUAGGCGUCGUGAUGACCACCAGUUUGAUGACCAUGAUGAAGGUCAAGAUGGUGACGACAACUGUGUUGGUGGUCAUCAACGUCGCCACACACACAGCCACAGUCUGGGCGAUGAGAAUGAGCACGAUGAGUCUUGGGAAGAUUGUCCGGAGGACAGUGAGUUUUAUGCAGAUGAUGAUUAUGCAGAUGGCGAUGACAGAUAUAAGGAGCCUCUAAAGCUGGAGUGCAAAUUGAACCCAGAUGCACCAGAGUUUACUCCAACAUCACCAGAGUUCAUGAAGACACCGCCAGGCCAUGUCAAAGUAAUGGAUUGGGUAACUGAGGUCAAUUCAAAUCUCAGCCCAACUUCACCCUCUCCGACAAUGGAUGGGGUAAACAAUGAUGAGUGUAAGAGAGCACUCUCCAAAGAUAAGUCAAAUAGUUCAGGAAAGAGCUCUUCUCAUGGUGGAGUUACCAAAUAUGACACUAAAGUUACUGAAGAAGAACUUAGUGCCAGUUACAUUGAUGAGAAAGAAACACAUGAUUCUGCUGCCCCUGAAGCUUCAGAGGAAUUCCUGGAUGCUUCUGGAGAUGUGGGAGAGGCUGAGAUAUCUCAGCUCUCCAGUGAGGAAGUAGGAAACAAUCCUGAAUCCAAAUCAAGCACUGUUGGUAGCUGUGGGGAUGUUGAAGAUGAGACUGACCCAUCUACUCAGAACACAGAGGUCAGCACAGUUCAUAAAGACAAAGUUAUAGAUGAGGCCCAGUCAGACUCAAAGGUUGACAGGCUAAGUGAACCUGAAGGGAACAAUGAAACUAUUGCCAACAGUGAUGGUGCUGUCGUUGAAAUGAAAGAAGUUGAUAGUCAUAUACAUAGCGGGGCUGAAAUAUCCCUGAUAGAUCAACCGCUAUCUUCUUGUGAAACUGGAAUUUCAGCGACAGCUGCACCAUUAAAUCCUGCAACAGAUGCAAUAAGAGUAGAACCCUCAUCAGUGGAACCCAAAGCAGAUGCCAUGGCAGUGGAACCCACAGCAUCGGGAACCCACAGCAGUGGAACCCACAGCAGAUGUCACGGCAGUGGAACCCACAGCAGAUGUCACGGCAGUGGAACCCACGGCAGAUGCCAUGACAGUGGAACCCACAGCAUCGGAACCCCUGACAGUGCAACCCACAGCAGUGGCUUCCACAACAGACAUCACCGCAAUGAAUCUCACAUCAGAUGUUACGUCAGAGGAACCCGCAGCAGAGACUGCAAGUGAGCAGUCCACACAGCAGAUGGCUAAACCAGAUAUGACGCCUCUGACUGAUAAGUCAGACCAGUCACAAUCAAAUCAGUUGGUGCAGGAAAAAGCGCCAACUGUAGACAGUGAUCAGAAGAGCUCUGAAUAUGAGGGUGUUGUUGCUGCUGAGAGCAAAACAACAAUCCCAACAACUACUACUGCAACAGCUGAAAGCUCUCAUGUUGAGUAAGGACCUUGCAGAGGAAGACCUGGCGUUUCAACAUGACAGUUUUCACAUCACCCUUUCGACAACAUAUCCGCCCUGUUUUAGGGAAAAUCACAACCAAAAAGAUGUCCAUGUUUUUCAUUUCAUUUCAUCCAGUCAGCAUUAUGUUGUUUCAAUGUCAUGUCAGGUUUUAAGUAAAUCUUAGAUUUGCAAAAAGUGAAAAGUUGUUUCAUAUUAGAGAUUUUGAUCUGAUUCCAAGAUACCAUGGAACCUGGGGUGAGUCCAUGUGCCAGUUGUGAGGAUAGCAGAUCCUCCUUCCCAUAGUGGGCUAAGUAAGUCUGACAUGACGAGUGCAGUCUCUAAGCACAGGAUUGUUCGUCACCUGUAUAGUGCUGUCGCCGCCGCAAUGUGUCUUAUUGAGGUACUUUCUCACUUGUCUAGUGUUAACAGGUGCUCUGAUACUCAGUAUGUUUUUAUUGACCUAUGGUGCAAACCUGAGGUGUUUUCCUUUUAAUAUAUUAUGUGUGCCAGGCAGUGAAAAAUGUAUUAGUUGCUACGAUGAAGUUUGUCAUUUCGUUCGUACAUUGAUAUUUGAGACUGCUAUCUACCAGAAGCGAUAGUAUUUAGUUUUGAUGGCUGGGCAACAGCCAGCAUUUUAGCUACUGCCCUUUGUGAGACAGUGUUGUGAGUAUAGUAGUUUGUGCUUGUGUUUGAUAUUGAAUUGUAAAUAUUCACAGCUGCUGUUUGUUUUUCUGUGCUCAUCCUGCAUAUUUGAAAUUGUGUGUUUCAUUUACAACAUGUUUAUGAAUAGACUUUGGUCAGCUGUACUUAAUUUAUGCAAUUUUAUGCAAACACUUAUAGAUGUACUCCCCAUAUUUCAUUGUAGUCUUGUUUACUGCUACUGGUUAUUGUAAUUAUUUUGCAUUCUGUCAUGGGAGGCUAUUCUUCCACAGACACCUUGUAAGAAUGAAAAGGUUAUUUUAAGUCAUAGAUCAAUUCAUAAUAUUCCAUCUGUCAAAUUCAUUAUACAGUCACUUGUUAUUUAUUGACAACUAUACAUUGUCCUUCAUAUUUAUGUAUUUUGUGCAAUCAUAUUCACUGUUAUCGCAUUUAGGAUGUGAAAACUCCACUUGUAUAGGAAUCUUGUGUACAAAGUCUGACUGAAGUACACCACCCUGCCCCACAACAUGGGGGCAACA